GUUGUUGUAUACCAAAAUGUCGACCAUGCUUUCGCAAGUUCAGGCACUUCGACCGAAGUUAGUCUCGGGAGCAACUAGCUCACUGUUUGCACAAGCACAUUUGCCAUCAAGAUCAUCACUUACCUCAGAAUUGAUGCAAGUGCGUUGGGCUACAAAGAAGUCCGGAGGUUCUACUCGCAACGGUAGAGACUCUGCAGGUCGACGUCUUGGUGUCAAGAAGUUCGGCGGUCAAGAGGUCAUCCCAGGCAAUAUUAUUGUUCGACAGCGAGGAACCAAAUUCCACCCCGGCGAUAAUGUCGAUAUGGGUAAAGAUCAUACUAUCUAUGCCUUGCAACCCGGCUUCGUCCACUUUUACAAGGACCCCACGCAACCCAAACGUAGAUUUGUUGGAGUCGUCUUUGAUAGAGAGCAAACCUUGCCAACUCCCUCUCAUCAGCCCAAGCCACGCCUGUUUGACCUCGUUGACUUGGAAGUCUGGGAAAGCCAACGACAACAGAAACUCAAGGAGCUUCAGAACUAAAAAAGAAAAAUUCACCCCUCAUCUCCCACAUACUACGCUAACUUUUUUCUUAGAACCCAAAAUUACAUCCAAACUGUCAAUGUAAAUAAUAGCAUUCGUGCCCCCCAUGGCCGAUUGCAAACACAUCUUGGAUAUCUGCCCUACAAUAAAUAGACUGAUCCAAAAAAAAAUGGUUAAUUGAAACGUGAUAAUGGUAGUUUAUGAAUCAAGAGUAUCUUGAACAGAUAUUGUACAAUCAAACUUUGAAGAGAGCGUGUUGUUCUCUAUAUG